AUGUCUCUCCACUUCCCCACUUGGCAACUCCCACUCCUCUCUGGAGAAAGGACCUCCAUCCAUCAGACACCCCACCCCUCACCUCUCCUUACCACCUCCUCCCCACCCUCACCUCACCCCACUCCUCACCUCCCCUUCCCACCUCCUCCCCACCCUCACCCCACUCCUCAACUCCCCUUCCCACCUCCUCCCCACCCUCACCCCACUCCUCAACUCCCCUUCCCACCCUCACCCCACCCCCCACCUCUCCUUCCCACCUCCUCCCUACCUUCACCCCACUCCUCAACUCCCCUUCCCACCUCCUCCCCACCCUCACCCCACUCCUCACCUCCCCUUCCCACCUCCUCCCCACCCUCACCUCACUCCUCACCUCCCCUUCCCACCUCCUCCCCACCCUCACCCUCACCCCACUCCUCACCUCCCCUUCCCACCUCCUCCCAACCCUUACCCCACUCCUCACCUCCCCUUACCACCUCCUCCCCACCCUCACCUCACUCCUCACCCCCCCUUCCCACCUCCUCACCACCCUCACCCCACUCCUCACCUCCCCUUACCACCUCCUCCCCACCCUCACCUCACUCCUCACCCCCCUUCCCACCUCCUCCCCACCCCUCACCCCACUCCUCAACUCCCCUUCCCACCUCCUCCCCCACCCCUGACCCCAGCCCCAACCUCUCCUUUACCUCCUCCCCACCCUCACCCCCCACCUCUCCCUUACCUCAGGCCCACCCUCAUCCCUCUCCCCCAGGCCAGCCCACCCCACAUCCCUUCUAA